CCUUUACUACCCUAAUUUGAGAGUGGACUAAUCAAUUUAUCGUCUUUUGGACUAAACUACUUCAAAAUAAGGGUAAUAAAGGUAAACCUUAUAAGCUAAUAACGACUUUACGCUUCAGCUAGCAAGGUUGCUAACAAAAGAUUUUGUUUGAACCUGUACAUACUCAAGUCCGAUUGCUGUAAUGUCUGUAUUAUAAGCUAGUUUAAAAAAUGAGGGAAAUUUGAUGUCACACGCCAAGCUGACAAACUAUGGCACUUUAUAAUGUGAUUAAAUCUUUUGAUCUGUUCUUGUAUUUUACAGGUCAGCUUAGAGAUCCCUUGCAAUUACUCUAGUCUAUUAGACCUUCCUGAAGAAUUAGUGAUAAUGGUACUUAGUUAUAUUCCUGUGUCGGAGUUACUUUAUACAGUCUGUAAAAUAUGCAGAGGUCUAAAGGAUGUUGUGCGAAAAAUGCAAAGCUUGUGGACUAUUGUAGAAUUUGACGAUUCCUAUACUAUAGACAUUGCAAUGAUGGAAAUGAUCGUGAAAAAUAAUCAGCUUGUAUGUCUCAAUCUAAAACAUAUUAUAAAAUGGCUGACACUGUAAAUCCUUUGCGUUACCCAGGUGACACUGCUUCAACGGAUGAGUUAGUUGCUUAUUAUUUUACUUCUUCAUAUACGGCUAAAGAAAUAGCUGGAUUUUUACUUUUCGUUCAUAAUAAAUUUGUUAGUGUUAAGACAGUCUACAGAAUGAUGAAAAGACUUCGACUGAGAAGAUAUGGUGCAGAGAGUCCAUUGAUUAAUAUGGUUCAAAAGAUAAUUCAACUGCACAAACAAGGAUACUCUAAUAUUGGAUAUAGAGCAAUGUGGAAAAUACUUAAUUCUUGCUGUGGCAUCAAUGCUACUCAGGAAACGGUGAGAAUUGCACUGAAAGCUAUACAUUAUGAUGGUGUAGUUGCAAGAUCUCGACGUCGACUUGUGCGAAGAAGAUAUUGUAAUCUAGGACCAAAUUUUUGUAUUCACAUAGAUGGAUAUGAUAAACUCAAACCCUUUGGAAUAUCAGUGCAUGGAGCAAUCGAUGGCUUUUCUCGAAAAAUCAUUUGGCUAACUGCAAGUCAUACGAAUAAAAACCCACGUAAUGUUGCGCUUAAUUUUGUAGAAUUCCUUAGACAAUCCAAGCGUGUUCCACGAUUGGUUCGGUCAGAUGCUGGUACGGAGAACGUUAUUAUAAGGUCGAUACAAAUAGCGUUACGUGCAGUUCACAAUGAUAACAUGUCAGGGUACAGAAGUUUUUCUGAGGGGCGAUCAACUGGGAAUCAAAGGAUUGAGAUGCUGUGGAGUUUUCUGUGUCCUUACUUCACCACAUUCUGGAGAAAUAUGUUUAAAGACAUGAUAGAUAACGGAGAGCUCAAUAACACAAAUCCAGUUCAUCUAGAGUGUGUACGUUUUUGUUUCCUGCCAGUUAUACAACAACAUUUAGAUAUUUUCAAAAAUAUGUGGAAUAGUCAUAGAAUUCGGUCACAACGUCAAGUUGAUCAAAACUAUGGCGUCCCGGAUGUUAUGUACAACCAGCCACUACUUUAUGACGCUGUCGACUAUUCCUAUGACAUACCAUGUGACGAAAGUAUCUUUGAUGACAUUACUAGGCUCUACACCAAACCAAUGCUGCCCAGAGGCUGUUCAGAAGAGUUCUGUCAAUUCAUCCAGCAAAUUACAAAUGUGAAUCUGGAUGAUUUCAACGUCGUGGACACACCACAGGAAGCAAAAACACUAUUUUGUAUGCUUACUUCUGUUCUCCCUUGAGAUACGAAUCAUAAACCUUUACUAUUUUGAAAAAAAAGUGUUUAUGAAAGCUGUGUUUUGCUAGGUUUUUGAUUAUUGAUUUUAGUUUAUUUCUCAUCAACGUGUGAAAAUGUUCGAGAUAUAUAUGAAUUCAUGGGUAUCGACUUUUAUUAUUCUAUCAGAAAUCAGUUUAUUUUGGAAAAUUGUUAACCAACCCACAUUUCUGUUUUCAAUAGUGAAGAAUUAAGUAAACUUAUAUUAUCGUUAUGAAAAUUAUUUGUUAUU